ACUACUACCUUCCCUCACCUUUCUCUAGACUCCUAAACUUCCAAAGAGAUCAAACAUCUGCUUCAUCGUGGUUGGGUUGUCACACACUCUUAUGCGAGUCUUUCUCUCUCUUUUAAUGUGCUGUAUUCCAAUGUACCACGUCUCUUAUCAUUACAACCCACCACCACUCUUCAUCCUCUUCAAGCAAACCCAUUCUGUGCCUCUCUUUUCUUCUCUCAUCCUGGUAUGUGUCCCUUCCCAUUUUCAUUCUUUAUCUCCGCACUUUUAGGCUCUAGCUUUGUUCAUCAAAACUUUAUGCUUGUUGGGUUUGGUUGUCUGUUGCCUUGACAUUAUUUGCAGUUGGCUGUUUCCUGUUCUUAAUUCCUUGAGAAAAAGGAAUGGGUGCGAAGAAAUGGUUUAUGAUAAUAAUCAAAUUGAAGAAAUCGAAGAAAUCCAAACGAGAAAAGGUACAGUCUACUGAUGAAAAUUCAGAUGAAUGUUCAAACAUGAAGCAAAGUAUUCGUGAAGAGUCAAGUGGCAUUCCCAAUGAAGGUUUGAUGAUGGAUCGGACAGUUCCGUCAAGACUGAUGGACGAUGUGGCAGCUACUAGGAUUCAAAAUGCAUUCCGUUCAUUUAUGGCAAGAAGAACAUUACAUCAUCUAAGGGGAGCAGUGAAAUUCGAAGCUUUAAUUCAAGAUCACCUAGCCAGAGAGCAAACAGCAACUGCACUGAACUAUAUACAUUCAUGGAGCAGAAUACAAGAACAAAUUAGAGCUCGAAGAAUCUGUAUGAUAACAGAAGCCAGAAUUAAGAAAAAGAAAUUGGAAAACCAGUUAAAACUUGAGGCUAAGAUUCAGGAGCUUGAGGUGGAGUGGUGCAGUGGUUCUGAAACCAUGGAAGAGAUACUUUGCAGGUUACAUCAGCGAGAGGAAGCAGCAAUUAAACGAGAGAGAGCCAUGGCAUAUGCCUUUUCCCAUCAGUGGAGGCCAAACUGUAGCCAGUAUUUUGGUCAGGCUUCUUAUAGCCUUGGUAAAGAAAGUUGGGGUUGGAGCUGGACAGAGCGUUGGGUCGCGGCACGUCCUUGGGAAGUACAGGUUCGAGUUCAGCCCUCCAAAACAAAGAAACUUAAUGGCCACGAUCAAAAAAUCAAAUUCAACAAGAUGAACUACAGUGAAAGCAAAGCAGCCUUGGCUAAACCUUCCCUGUCAAACGGGAAGGAAACUGGAAAAGGAAAGGAAAACAGUACUUCAGGGCAGUCAAAGAACAUCGUUACCAAAUAGCCCAAUACUAAUUUGAUGGUUUAUGGUUUCUUCUUGUUCUUUUGGGGAUUUUUUUUUUUUCCUUAUUUGGCUUGGCGAGAAUCUACCAAUUGGUGUGUACUAUUUACACUGGGAACUUCACCUAUCUGCUAUGGCAUGGUGUAUAUGACUAUGAAUGUGAAUUCCCUAGUUUUGGUUGAAA